AUGGCGGACACACUGUUUUUCAAGCGAUCUCAGUCAAUGUAUCCGUACUGGGUGAAUAUGCCCCCGACUGUGCCCCAGUACCCGGCUCCACAGAAUAUGUUCAGACGUGAGGAACCUGACAAAUACACACGAAGGACUGGACUGACUGGCCAUCAGAACUGGACAGACAAAUGGUAUCAUUGGGAAAACUCAAGAAGACGAGAUGAGUUGCCAGGAAUUACCGAUAGCCGUCAUCGGCCUUAUCGACCUUGGCAGUUUGAAAUGCGAAUGGGACUGGGGAAAACACCAAAGUGGACCAGAGAAGGAAAAGAUUGGCCAGUGGAUGACAAUAAAUUUCUGAGGGCAGGUCUACCAAACACAGAAAACCAUGUCGCCAGGGCCAAACGAGAGCUGAGCUUCAAGGAUGACAAUUUGUAUCCAUUUUCCAAUUACAUGACAUCCUCGUACAGACAGCCAGUCUUCUCUGUACAUGGCCCCACCCAGAAGGAUCCAGUGUUUGGUCUGACAAUGCAAAAAAACAGGCAUGGUCACAUGCCCUUUGUUGAUUACUAUUAG